UGUGUACACCUUUGGACAAAUAAGUGACAAUUUUUCAUCAAAGACAAGGUGGAUUAGAGUCAGCUCAGCCAAGAGCCUUACAAUGGAUGAGUCAACAGAAGUGCGAACCGAUGGCAACUCUCUGCUAAAGGCGGUCUGUUUGAGUCGUCUGCGCCUGACUCGGCUGCUCUUGGAGGGAGGGGCCUACAUAAACGAGAGUAAUGAACAUGGCGAGACACCGCUUAUGGUGGCCUGCAAGACACACCAUACAGAUUCACAGAGUGUACCCAAACACAAGAUGGUUCGGUAUCUUCUGGAAAAUGGUGCUGAUCCAAACAUCCAAGACAAGACAGGGAAAACAGCUCUGAUGCAUGCAUGCCUUGAACAAACUGGAGCUGAAAUACUGUCACUCCUUCUGAGCAGUGGAGCUGAUCCAACUCUGGAGGAUCAUGCAGGCUUAUCAGCACUGGUUUAUGCAGUCAAUUCAGGAAACAGGGAUGUCCUCAGGGUCCUCUUGGAUGCCUGUAAAGCAAAGGGUAAGGAGGUUAUCAUCAUCACCACCAACAAACUGCCAUCUGGCCAUCAUGUUACAAAACAGUAUCUCAAUGUCCCUCCACCCCCUGACCUUGAGGAGCGCCUGCAUUACACCCCAACAACUUGUUGUAUGUCUGCAUAUGAGCUCCAGCUACAAACUCCUCCACAGGGCUCCUCGACAAGUGCUUCUCCCCAGCCCGGUAGCCCCCUUCUUGGCCUCAGGGAUUUCCAGUGUUUUCGCUCAGGGUCCGGCCAUAUCACAUCUCAACCAGGUUCUCCAAUCCAACAUCCUAGUCCUUUACGUGUUAAUGGUAUUGAUAAGCAACUUAAUCUUCAUAGACUUCACUCAGAGCAGUGGUCCAAAAGUCCUUCCUUGCUGCUCCAGCAGAGCCAGGACUCCUCUCUGACAGAGGAGCCAGUGGAAGUUACACCUGAGGAGGACUUGUCCUUCAGAGUCUGUAACCUUGUCAGCCACAGUAGACCUCCUGCUGUUUCACGCAACCACAGUAUCGAUGUCCAAGACACACCAGGGCUUCUGAAAGCACUAGAGACCAUGUCAGGAAAUGAGAAUAGGGGAGGUGGAAGAAGAGCCUUUGGUAGAAAGAUGUCAUAUGACAGCGCUGCAAGUUCACUGCAUUCUGCUUCCCACCCAAACUUGCAUCAUGACAGUCUCCCCUUUCCCCAUGAAUCCAGUCCUGUGGAUGAAGAUUCCGCUGACUGUCUUAGACAACUGAAUGUUUCUAGUCUGCAAAAUGUGGUCCGUCGGCAGAAUAUCGGUAUUAACCAUUACAGUUCUGACUCUCAGUUAUCACAGUUUGGCAGCCGAAACAAUAGCUCCAAGAACAGUGGUGGAGCUGGAGUUGGAACAGAAAGGCACAAGCUCGUCAACAUCAGGUCCUCCACUCUGUCAGGAUCCAGGGAGUCCUUGGAGAGCUCUGUCCAGAGACGAGGCGCAGCCUGGCUGGAGCGAAGAGGCUCAGGGGCCCUACUUCUGGAUCACAUUGCCCACACUCGCCCUGGAUACCUUCCUCCUCUGAACCCCCAUGCUCCAAUACCACACAUUGGGGUCUGCUCUAGCUCUUCCUACCCUUUGAGUGGAAGUAGCAAGACACUGAACGGUGUUCUUACAGGGUCAAAGCCUUUUGCCCCUUGUGCACCUGUUUUCCUGAAGAAUAUACAAACCAAGAAAAUGCUGUGGAGACGCCACUCAAUGCAGAGUGAGCAGAUGAAACAGCUCGGCAACUUCGAGAAAACCUUUGGGCGCUAGGAUAACAUUUUGCAUGUAUCAGGGGAAGAUGUGUUUGCCCUUAGCAGUAUCACACAUUGCAGUAAUAGCCUGCUCAUGUUUCAAUGUGAAACUUUAUAUACUGUAGUAAUUUUCCAAAAAGAACUACAGGACUUGACUAAAAAAAAAAAAAAAAAAAAGAAAAUCUUAACACAAGGUUCAACUUGCUUUCUGUUUACAAAGCUUUCAACAUUUAAUUUCCCUCCUCAGUGAAUGGAGUUGCUUAAUUGUCUGUGAGAUGAUUUUUUUUAAUCACAUGACCAAAGUAUGGAAUUCUGGUCACAUGAUAAGAGGGGACUGUAAAUGAUGGUAAACCCUGUUUCAGCAGAUGUCCUUCUUGAUCCUACUCCAGCUGACCACUGACUCCUGGUCAGUGAUCUCUUUCCAGUUAAUGCUGUGAGACACUUUGGUCUGGUGUUGUCACCUGCCCAGGAACUUCAGAUGGAAAGUAGCUAUUAGAAUGAAUGAAUGUUUUCUGUAUGUGGUCUUGUAUGGGUGCCCCACUAGGAUGCUUCUGGUGGUAAAGCUGGCAGACUGUGAAUAAAAAGAAGUCCUCCUGAACCCAGACUGGGAGCUGCUUCCACAGGAUUGGAGCCUGAUAGCUGAAGGCUCUACCUCCCAUUCUAGUCUUAGAAACUCUAGGAACCACAAGUAGACAGCGGAGUGUUCUGCUCUUUAAGAUAUGAUGGAGCUUCAUCAGUAGGACAGAGAAGCCAACACAGGAGAGAUGUGAUCUCUUUUCUUAGUUCCUGUCAGUACUCUGCUGCAGCAUUUUUGGAUCAGCUGGAGGCUUUUCACUGAGUUAUUGGGACAUCCUAAUAAUAAAGAAUUAGAGUAGUCCAGUCUAGAGGUAACAAAUACAUGGACUAGUUUUUCAGCAUCCUUUUGAGACAGGAUGUUUCUCAUUUUCAUAAUGUUGCACAGGUGGAAGAAGGCUGUCCUACAAACUUGUUUUAUGUGUAAGUAAAAGACAGGUCCUGGUCAAAAAUGACCCCAAGCUUUCUGAUGGUAGCACUGGAGGCUGAGGUAAAGCAAGUGACUAUAUGAUUAGAUUAUGUUUUUCUGAGGUGUUUACUUCAGUACAUUUACUUCAACUUGCCUGAAUUUAGAAGUAAGAAAUUACAGGUCAUCCAGAUCUUUAUCAAGGUUAAAUUCUUCUAGAUCAGUGGAACGCCACUUCCUGUCAAGCUUACGCGAUGCUUUAAAGCAUGCGUAUAUGUGAAUUGUAACAUGGAACCUCCUCUAAUUCACUACCUUUUUUUUCAGAGGUGUUGUACGCGAUGAGACCGCAGCAUUAUCAACAAGAUCAUCACCCUGUGUGGGAGUAACGUUGAGACAGGUGACAUUGUAUAACACAUGGCAGUGGACUAAAUAACAAAGGGAUUCUUUCCUUAAAUAUGGUACAGCAUGAUCAGAUAGAUGCCUCCUGUAAUAGAUUUUUUCCCCAAAUGCUGUCAUGCAUUAUUGUAAAGUCCACGUAAAAAAUUAUCAGACAACAGAAGAUUUUUGGGAUAUAUUAUUAAAUGUUCAAUUCAUGUCAGAACAAGAUGGAGGGCUUGAUUAAAACAGUGAGUGGAUUCAUUUACAUGUUGAGAAAAGCCAAUUGACUAAGAACUGAGGCCGUCACUGUCAACAUCUACAUAGGAACUCAGGUAAAAACUCUGAGUAACAAAUGUUAAACUUACGCAGCUGCUAAAUUAAAAAAAACAUAUGUGAUGAGUCUAUACCUUGAGCCAUGUCACCCCUUUUAGUGACACUGAAUCUGGAGUUUAUCUCACGAUUCAGACUUUUUUUUUGACAGCACUUGUGUGUCUAUGUAACGAAGAAACGAUUCAUUUGCUUUUCAAAGCCAAACAGAUUUGAGACUUGGCUGCGACAUUACAGAAGAUUUCAUCUUUGAGAAUGACCUUGCAUCAGAGAGAGGACAGUCCAGAGUGAAUACAGCUUUCAUCCACAUCCACUUUUCAUCUGCCAGCUGUUUUUGCCAAUUUUGUACAAGAAGUUAUUAAAACAAUUUAUUCUAUACAAAGGUUUAAAUAAUAUAUCCAUAAACUAGAUUUGAAACAUGCUCUGCACUGUUGGAAUGAAAUAGUAAUUAUCAGCACAAACUGCACACUAAAGAAAAGAGUGCAGCCCAGCACUUACAAGGUUUCUUUUUCAGUUCACUCACCUUGUGCUGGAGGAGCUUACCUUCUGAGAAUAACCUUUUCUAAACUGCCAGUUAGAAAAUCUGCACCCUUGAAUAUAUAAAACCUUCUCUGAUACUCUUGUCACUAUGUACAGAGUUGCAAGUUGUCAGUGUUCUUUGUAAAACUCUGUAUUUUCAAUAA